AUGCCUCAAAGUACUGGUGAUGAUUUCGUGACGAAACUAAAGGCUCACGGCAACAACGACUUUUGUGAUUUGGCUAAAGCUCACGAAGAAUACAAUGUCUUGCUCAGCAAGUUUACUUCAACUGAAAAACCUUCGUUCUCCCUCAAUAUUUUAUGUACCUUAUGCAGGAACCUAGAGAAAGUACCUUCGUGGAGAACCAAAAUUAACCGCAAAGACUUGUUAAAGUUGUGUAUUGAUUGUGUGAGACAGACAAGGGGAAUCACUGGACAAAAGCAAGUUAUGGUGUUAGCCGCGAUUUAUCAUAUACAUAAAUUUAUUGUUAAAGAGGAUACUUCUGUACCAGCAGAGUUAAUAUUAAAAUUAUCAAUUAUGCCAUUUGAAUGUGAUACACAAUACCUUCUCAAAGACUACCACAAAACAUACUGGAGUAUAUUAGCAGAUAGAAUAAAUUAUAUAGAGAGAUUGAAACCAACACAAAUACCAAUAAUCAAACUAUUGCCUAAGUUGAAUGAAGACUUAUCGAAGGUUGCCAAAAUAUAUACAGAUCAAUAUGAGUUCUGUGUAAAUCUUUUACCGUUUAUAAUAAAAAAACUAACUUUUAUCUAUGUUGAAGUAUCUAGUUUGAAUGAAACAUAUCGGAUGAUUUUUGAGAGUAUAAAAGCAUACGAAGAACAAUUCAAGACACUGAAUGAGAAACAGAUAAACGAUCUAUAUGUGAAAUUUAGUGACUGUAUCUAUGUUGUAACAGAGAAUUCAGCGAGGAGGAAUUUUAAAGAUUCACCCUUAGAUGAAAUAGUAAGGGUUUGUCUUAACCUACUGGGGCAUAGAUCUGACGUUUUCCACUGCUUGCAAACAUUCUAUUUAAAUUCAUUUCUAUAUAUUUUCAAUAGGCACACAGAUGCGGAGAAUGUUUUCAAAAACUUAUUAGUGUCCUGUGAAGCUACAGAGAAACUAGGUUACAAAGUUCUCAUGGAGUUAACGUACCCCUAUUUGAACCAAUUACUAAGGCUGUGCAUAGAGUAUUAUCAAAGACGGCAGAAUUUGCAAUAUCUACAAGAAAAUUGCUCAAAAUUAAUACUGUUUCUUAUGGGUCGAGCAAAAUGUAAACAGCUGAUCAAAUGUGAAAAUUGCUCUAUUCAAACCGGCUUACAUGACGCACUUCGCCUCAGCUUUUUAGUUAAAUACCUAUCGCCCCUUAAUACAGACAUAUUAAAAUCAAUUAUAGAUAGACAAUACAAAAUCCUAUACAAUCUUAGAAGCUUAGGAUGCGUCAACUAUGAAAAACAUUACACCAAACUACAAACAGACAUACACAACAUGGCGAUACAGUUCUAUAAGAGUAAAAACAAUGAUGAAUCAAUAAAUCUAUUUAACAUUUAUGUUAAGAAUGAGUUGAAAAACCAGUCUGUGGGCAAGAAUAUAUGUCGGGCUCUAUAUAAUAAGAGUAUAUGUCAUUUAGAGAAACGAUCAUAUGAUGUUGCCUUAAGAGAUGCAUUCUUGUGUAUGGCAUUUGAUAAAAAUGAAAAUAUCGAGAAGUAUAUGAGUUUAGUGCUGGAUAUAAAGGGGAAGGCGGUGCAGAAUGAAGUUGACGGUCAUCAAGCAUUGCAGUUGAUGUCUGUGCUGGACGCUUGUGACUCUAUGGUUCGUGGAUUCUAUGGGAAUUUGGAACCAGUUUUAAAGGAUAUAAGAUUUAGUGAGCUGUUGAAACAGGAAUUUUCAAUAUAUGAGAGAUUGUGGCCAUCUUUAGUUCCAAUGACCGGGGUCAUUAGAUCUCUAAACAAUAUGAUUCAAAGGAAACCUGACUGGAUUCUAGUUGAAGAUAAAACCAUGUUAAAGCAUUUGUUAUACGACAUUGUGUUAAAAACACCGACUUUAGUGCGAGCGAUACACGAGACAAACUUUAAACAAACCGUUAACGAUUUACUUGAAGAUAUGGAAUGUCAAAAACUGUCAUUAGAUGACAGAAUGGUGCAAGUAGCACUACUGAUGUUGAAAUCUGAAUUCAACCUGCAAGAAGCGACAGACAAACAUGGCUGGAAGCCAGCAGAAUAUAUGUCGAAUCCAAACCAAAGCACAAUAUAUCGAACUAUGUCUACCGAGUACGAUGUAAUGAAAGAUGCAAUUCGUGCCGUUGAUUUGCUGUCUACCCUCAAAAAGUUGGAUCAGUUAUCCCCGAAUCGUUUGUCCCAUUUCUUACAACUGUGCCAAAUUAUCCAGUUUCAACUAUUACACAUGGAACGGACGCUGCAUGGCUUACAAUUGGCCCAUAUCUGCCGAAAGAUGGCGGGAAUCGCUAGUGACAAAGUGGCCUACAUACGUUCCUCCGGUCUGUUGCUGUCCCAUGCUGUUUCUAAGUGCGGUGAGAUGCAAGAGAUCGCUAGAGAUGGUGUCACAUUGUAUUCGGAGCUUAUGAAGAAUGGACAGGAUCUAGAAGCAGCGCUCAUCUUUUUGUGUGAACUUGGGAUGUAUUACGUGAAAUGCAAUAAGCAAUCAACAGCGGCUCAAAUACUGAUGACAGCGGAGAGGUGUUUAGCAGACGAGGGCCGAAAUUACAGUGAUACACAGUUGCACCUAGCACUGGGUAAAAUUAUGGAACUUGGACUGUUACUCAAUGCUAAUGGAUUGUCACACUUGUCCGCUGUCAACAUCAUACAAAGGCACUACAUCGCUGGGCAGGCGAUAGGUGCAAGCUGGAUCCAUCGCCGCCGCUACAACCUUCAAUUAAAAUACUACAUACAACAGUCCAGCGUUCGAUGCACUGAUGUCUGUAGCCGGCUCAAACUCUGGAGACGAGCCACUAGCGCGGCCGGUGCUGCCCUAUCACCAACGACCGCGGGUGCCCAUGGGCGGAUGUUUGCUCAUCUAUGUGAUACUAGCAGGACAGAUGACGCGCGGAUUAAAAUACAAGAUCGUCUGAAGUACAUUCUCGGCCUAACUCAUGAGUUGAAACACCGCGAUGUCGGCAAAAGUAUAAAAACACCCGCCAAAACACGAAGUUAUCAAAACAUCGAAGUCUCUCUCAAUGUGAACUUGAGAUCGAUAAGCCCGACAUUCGAAGUAACCAUACCUGCAUUUGCUUCGCCACCUUUCUUGGAACACACUCAAUGCUCAUGCUAUGCAUGCAACAUGCCAGCAUGCAUCAUUCUGGCAUGCACGGUUGCCUCUUUGGAGUCAUCUUUGCAUUUCCGCUCGAAGCAGAACCAUAUAGCGAGAGAUUACUUCACUGGCGCGUUAGAUACAUUCAAACUCGCUGAAGCAAAGAUACAAACAUUGUUCAAAAGGAAUGAGACUCUCGAAAAUGUAAUUGUGGAUAUCGUGAAAAAGAUCUACACUGACGAACUGAAGACCAUAGAAAUUGGUUUUCUCAUAGAAUACGCCUUUUUCGAACUCGCCGAAGGUAAUAAUGAUAAAGCGAAUGAGCUUAUCGUUAAAAUACACGAAGUGUCCGAGAGAAAUGCCGAUCCGUAUAUCAGAAACGAAAUAUCCAAUCUUCUUAUUGCCACAUAUUGGUUGUGUAAACCGAUAAACGCGAAGACAUGUAAAGACCUAGAAAUAGAGUUCGAUAGACUUAAAAUCACCACAAGUGAAGUGCCAAAGACACCAGAAACUAAGAUAAUGCCAAAAAUAGUGAAACAGCUAGUUAAGAAUGAGGAGAUACCGGAGAGACGGAAGCCCGUUAUGAAAUUGGAUUUCCAAAUAGAUAUGGCUGAAGAGGAAACGCCCCAAAAGACUAUUAAAACGAACUUCAAGAUCCCAGUACCUGUGAUCCCUUCGAAGCCAAAUGUUGAGACUAUAACUCCGAGACCGAGCAGAUCGAGACCAAAGAUUACAGUAGCUGAACCAGAUACUCCACAAGAAUUUUUUACUCCAAACUCAACGCCCAGCGAAAAAUUCUUCACGCCAAUACCGAAGACGUACUCCAGGAAAAUUGUGAAAAAUCUGGAAGCCGAAUUGUCGACGCCGACACCUUUAGAAUCCACCAACCCGAGGUCGUUGAGAAAGAAGGCCCUUUUAAGGGCGACGAGUCCUGGGAAACUGGAGAAGACAAGCGAUGCCGCUGUCACUAGGUCAAGCAGACGCCUGAAACAACCUGAUUUCGAUAAAUGA